AUGGUGGACCAGGAGGACCAACACCACGUUUUCCACCCCUCGUCGCACCCACGCCGCUCUUCGUCGGCCUCGGCUUCCUCGGGCACCCGCAAGGCCUCGUCGCUCGCAAAGACGUGCGGGCGCGUCACCAUCGCUUUCUUGGCCAUCGUCGGAUGCGUCAUCCUCGCCGGCCUCAGCUUCGUCGCCUACGGUGGCCUCAAGGGCUUCCUCAACCCGACCCGUCUCCACGCCCUCAACCCGUCCCAGGCAGACUCGUUUGCAGCCUCGUCGGCCGUCCGCCCGCUCUUUGGGCCAGACGACCGCUUCGACGUCCUCGCCACCGUAUGGCUCGACGUCACCCACCACCUCGAUAGCGGCCUGCCCCUGCCCCCUUCCCCGAUCGACGGCCGGCCCCUGCGCGUCGUCGAAUACUUCCCGCCCCGCACCAACUCCGCGCCGAGAAAGGAGGCCAUCCUCUACUCGGACGUCCUCUUCCAUUACGUCUCGGCAAGCGACAGCAAGCGCCACCACACCUUGCCCCUCCGCGUACCCAUCGCACCACUCUACACCCCUCACCUCGGCCCCUCUUCCCUACGAGCCACCUUUGCCAUCGUCGACAGGCGGCCGCGCGCCGCCGCAGCCCUCAAGGACGCGUCAACGGUCUACUAUUCAGGAGCGCCCCUCCUCCCACGCACCCCGGACCUCCUCAACCUCACCGACGACCAUGUGUCCACCAUCGACCACGCCCUCAGCAGGACCGGCGUCAGCGUCAGCCUCCUCAACCUCCUCGAAUCCCCGUGGUCUCGCGUCGGGCCUCCGAGCGAUGACAACAGCACAGCCGCCUCCGCGUUCGGCGCAUCGGCCGCCUACACCAGCCACAGGUCAAACAUGAUGUUUGAUGCCGCUCCCGACAACCUGAGCUUCCUCCGCAACGUCAACUUCUCCCUCGACGCGGCGGCGGCGACGGCGCAAGGUCGGCAGCAGCAGCCGGGACGCCUGCCCGAGUUCACCGACCUCAACCGCACCAUCUUCCUCCCGCACAUCGCCACCCGCAGCCGCAUCGCGCUCGUCAGGGACGACGCCGUGUUCAACGAGUUCGUCUUUGACAGGAACCACCUCGAGGCGGCGAGCGAGCUGAGGUUCAGGUGCGCGCUCGACAUUAUGAACUGCCGGAGGCCCUACGACUUUCACUCGUACGAGCAGUGGGUCCAGCUGGCCGACGCGACCGACACGACCGCCGACGGCAUCGCCGCCCCCCUCCAGCGCUUCUACACUCCUUUCCUCGCCCACAAUCCCAUGGCCUCUGCGCCGCGCCACCACCGCCUCGUGCCCAGCCGCGCGCCCGCUUCCGCCUUUGCGGGAGGGGGCGCCGUCACAUCCGCCGCCGACUCACCCGCUCCGAUUGCCUUGAAGCGAUACGACGACGACCACGAGCAGUGCCGCGUGCCCGUGCUCGACGUCGACCCGACCGGCCAGUUUUUUCAAUUCGACUGGAACGUCUACUUUUCGGCCCACUCGCUGCGCAAGGCCAUCUUUGGCGAGGACCUCGCCAAGGCCGUCUACGCGCAGCCGGAACGCCACACGCAACCGCUCGAGUACGACGCAGAGGGCGAUGAGCAGCUGGUGGCCUACGGCUCGUACCAAGAGGACGUCUACUGGUCCAUGAUUGCCUAUGCGAAUGGCGAUGCGCCCCAUCCGGACGCUCGGCAGACGAGGAAUCUCAUCGCCGGCGUCUUGUCCAUGGGCGUCGUCGUCCCGGUGCACUUCUUGCUCAACUUCGCCUUCUGGUAUACGCGCACAACUACGGCGGGCAUCUACACCGACGCGCACUGGAUCGCCGUCGCUGCCGUGGGCCUGCAGAUCAUCGUGCAGGCUACCGACCCCAACACAUGGUCGGACCUCGACCCCGUUAGCGCCAUCUUUGGAGGAGCAUGGUGGCUGAUCGGGUACGCCUACGUGCCCUGGAUGCUCAUGACUCUGCUGCGGCUUCGACGGCCGUCUGCGGUCUCGGGCGGACCCGGCGGAAGCGGCCGACGCAAACGCCGCGGCGGCUGGCGCCAAUGGCUGGGCCUUCAACAGCGACCUCGCAGCCGGCGCGAGAGGGAGAGCUUGCGCGUCGAGCGGGCCGAGAUCGGCACCGGCAAGCUUGCAGCGCUGGCCAUAACCGUGGUCACGGUGUUCCUCCUCUCGUCCCGCCUCGACGUGACGCUACGUCGCGGCCUGGGAUGCCGAGAGAUGCCACCACCCGGCGCACCCUCAAUGAGCCGGACGGACGCGAUACGCGCCGGGGUGCUGGACGUCACCUCGGUGCUGUUUACCGUCGUGCAGCUGGGCCAGCUGGCCUUCAACUGGGCGCACGGCACGUUUGCGGGCGAGUUCCGGCUGAGCGCGUGGCUGAGCUUUGGCUCGCUCGUCGCGCUGCAGGCGUUCGACCACCUCGCCUCGCUCUCGGGCCACGCGGAGACGAGGGAUCCGCUCAUGCUCAGCCAUCUCGUCGAGCUGCUCGUCUCGGCCGUCGCGGCCUACCAGGCUUAUUGGUUUGGGGGCGUUGUUCAGAAGAGGAAUGAGGAGGAGGAGGAGGAGGAUGAGGGGUGGGAGGGGCAUGAGAAGAGGUGA